AUGUCCAAUAGCAACUCCGCAAAGUCUGAUUUUGGCCGGAAAACUUGGGAUGAAGACGAAUAUGCGGAGAAGGCUAAAGCUAGGAGAGAACAGCGGUUGACAAACGAUAAGUAUUCGAAAGUGACAAGCUUAGAUGAGUUUUACAAAGACCGUUCCAAGCGAGUAAAACAAGUGGAUACAUACAGUAGCUCAAACUUGGUAUCCAGUGAUAAAGCGAAGUAUGCAGGUUUUCAUUGUGAAUUAUGUCAUCGAACAUUUCGUGAUAACUUGGCAUAUUUGUCACAUUUGAAUGAAAAAGAGCACUUGACAAAGUCUGGUGUGUCUGGUCUUCAUACUUUAAAGAAAUAUACAGUUGCUGAUGUCAAGAAAAGACUUGGAUAUUUAAGGGAAAAGGUAAAGGAAAUCAACAGCAACCCACAAAAUGAAAACAACAUUCGUUCAUCUCACGAAAUUCAGGAUGAACGGCUUGAAAGAAGACGCAAAAAGCGACAGGAGCGAAGACAGAAACGAAAGAAUAUGUCUGAGAAACUUACUAACGGAUUAGAUACGAAAGAACUGCAAACGCUAAUGGGGUUUUCGAAUUUUGGUUCAUGA